AUGGAACAGUUUUAUGUAAGUGGGUGGGAUGACGAUGACAGGAAUGUGGAAGAAGAUGGGGGUGAGAUACAUUUGGCAGCAGAGAGGGGAGACGUUGAAUCUGUUGAGGAGCUACUAAAAGGCGAUCCAGAUCUUGUAAACGCUCGCGAUAAAGAUGGAUAUACGCCUUUACAUCGAGCUUGUUACGGUGACCACGUGAAGACCGCUGAAAUACUUCUAAGAGCUGGUGCUGAUAUAGAGGCAGGCACAUUGGAUGGCUGGCGUCCUCUACAUUCGGCCUGUCGCUGGAACAAUGCACGCAUAGUUGCGUUACUUCUUGCUCAUGGCGCAUGUGUAAACGCACCAAGUGAGGGUUCACAAACACCUCUGCACUUAGCUGCAUCUCAUAGUCAUAGUUUGGAAACACUACAGCUGUUGCUAAUGCAUCCCAGUGUCAGACCGGAGCUGAAGAACAGUGUGGAAGAAACAGCUGAAGAUAUUGCAGUUCGAGGAGGACCUCUCGGCUAUCUGUUCGAAGUGACUGAAGAGUGUGUGAAUAAAAUAUGA